AUGUCUCUGGGAUGUGAUCAACACACGCACAACAGAUUUAAUGGACCCACAGAACACAGUGCCAGCUCGCACGGUAUGCCAUCUGAAGCCGGAGAAAAACGUUAUGCCGCAGUGCAUGAUGCACAGCCGAUUCAGGGUAGUGGUAAGCCGGCGGACAGUUCGGAAUCACAUGACCAGGCGCCCUACCCAGGCCCAAAUCUGGGGCUGGUAACGGAGGCUAUGACAAUGGAGCGUGCGGUUCGCGUCCCACGGGCACUACGAGCGGCAACGAGGCGAACGAUGCUUGACGUGCUCGGCCACCUACAUCUCACUGGUUGCCGCGAAGCCCACAACCACAGAGCCAAUGCAACUUCCUGGCAAGAUUACGCCCCACAGCGGCAGCAGUGGGAACACCAAAUAGCAAGAGACACACGUACAGAGCACCAUGGGUCGGACGAAAAGGAAGGAACAAUACGCCAGCCCCCAAAGGAUUUGUCGAGAAGCCUGCUGCAUCUUCUACCCCCACGGCGAAGUGAGGUAUCUGGUGGGUGUUUUGGUUUCAGCACAAAUUCACGAGACUACGGUGAUGGUAUCCCACCUUACGAUUCCACAGCCGGUCCUGAUGAUGUCCGACCGAAAUGGCGGCAGGGGAUGGCAAAUGCCGCGGAACGCGAGCAAAGCGAUCGUAGGGUUGAAAGACAGCAGUCGAAACAGCGUUCAUUGCUUUCUAUACUCGAGGAAAGCGACUCAGAACCGAAGCACAACGCACGCCAAAAGUCUGGGCGCCAGUUCAAUGAAUUAGGCAAUGUUGCACAAAAAAGGGGGAGGUGCUGUCCGUUGGAUAUGGAUCUGGAAGAUCCCCGUGAUUCAGCCGGAAAGCCAGUAAAGCGUGCUACAUCCUCAUGGGGACGCUGGGAGGGCAAUGAUCUGAUUGAGCCAGCACAUUCCAUUGCAGGCAGUGGGCCUCCCGCAACGCGUCCAAACAGAGUAGAGGUAUUAUUGGAUGACGGAACAUUGGGUCGGGGGUCAGUUUUUACCAGAAGUAGCACAGGUUCAACUGCGUCAGGAAGGGGUGAAGGCAGACAUAGUUUAGCUGAUAUCCUCGCAACCGACGAUGCGGAUGAUCGUUUUCGUGCCACGAAUACGGUAGAGAGGCCAGAGGUGACUGCGGGGCGCGCAAAAGGUUCCGCUGCAAUAAGGCGGUUGGCAGGUAACCCAACAGCGGAGCGAGUCAUUGCCUACCUUACUCGCUCAUUCAAUGAAUGGAAAUUGAGUAGAAGUCUGUCUCAUGCCCCUAAAAGGAAUGAUGAAACAUACCCGAUAACAGGGGCUACGUGUAGCUCGGCCAUGCCACAGGGGUCUGGCACAGUUAGGGUCCAUUUGGGCUUUUUGGUUUCAAAAGUUGAGUGUGCUUUUUCUCUCUACAUGCUCCGCGGGAGAAUUGUGUGGGCGGAUGAAAAAGUCAAAAGGGAAAUUGAAAGCGACAACUUUCGCUCGUGUUUUACAGGGUUAAGGAGUGAUGAACAAGGAGACUUCCUUGAACAGCAACAGCGGGGGAUAGCAACAAACAUUGAAUGGACCAUCGUUUUAACGACCGAUGCGUUCCGCCCGAAUGUUGUGUCAUCGGGUAAGAACAUUUACCUCUCCCGACCGUUCUUCGUGUAUCCUGCUGCACAUGUUAUUGUUUCUUCCCUUAACAUCACCACAGACGCUGCACAGAUGCCCAAUGGGCAGCACACCAAACGUCACCACUUCGAGAGCGGUGACGGGUUUGGGGAGUCGUGCAGUGACAAAAACAGGAAUCACACUGAUCACGCCAAAGGCGCGGCGACAACGGAUACGAUAACACCAGACCGCCGUCACACGGUCUCGCAUGCCUUUUCCACUGAUCCCUCUCCGUCUUGGGUCUACGACCCCCUGGUGCGCGAGGUCAAAAAUAGGACUCCAACAGGCAGUUCGCACGGCAUGAUAUGUGGGAGAGAACAGGGGAGAACCACCGUCAUGCGAUUGGGGCCACACAUCGGACUCCACCCAUGUGGAGAAGGGGCCGACAGUACCAAAAAACCUUCACAUUCAGCGGCAAGCGACGCCCUUCAUACAGACGUGGAAAACGACCCGGUGGGUGCCGGAUUUCCCCGCGGCCCCGGGGAGGAAUGGGAAGUUCCACUGGAGCUACUCUUGUCGCUGAGAUGUCAGAUCGCCGAUAACAUCCUCUCACCUUCCCCAAAGACCUCGCAGGGAUGGGGUGGAGAAGCCAUAUUGGCUGAGGGUCAUUCCUCUGAUAGUCAGUUCUUGACUCCACCUCGCUCGCAGUUGAGACUGUCCUCGUCGCUUUCUUCUUUGCUAACGCCUGAUGGUUGUUGA